AUGAAAACUAAAGUUGAAGAGAGGUUCUCUAAGUUUUUCGAGAAGUGGAUGUGUCAACUCGAUGAGUAUCUGCAACACCUGCAAAAGAAACCUUUAUCAGUGUUUAAAUUGGUUAACUCAAUAAGGACAAAUGGUGUUCUCAGUUCGAGUUUGGUUGAUUUGACACAAGAACAUAUGAGAAAGAUUGAGGCUUUGAGGGUGAAAAUAAGGUUAGAAGAGGAGAAGUUGGAGAGGGAAAUUGAGAGGCAACAAGUGGCUGUAGCAGACAGGAAGAUGGCGGAGUUGGUAAGGUUGGUGCUUCGAGUGAAGAAUGGGGAGCAAGUGAGGCAGGCCCUCCAAGUGGCACUAAAAGGAGUAAUGGCAGGACUAGAGAAGGUGAUGAAAGCAGCAAACUGUGUAAGGCUUAGGACUUUAAAGGGAGUUUUGGAUGUUUUGAGCCCACUACAAUGCGUGGAGUUCUUGGUUGGGAUUGACAUGCUUCAAAUUUUGCUUAGACAAUGGGGAAAGAAAAGGAUUUGCACCAUUAAUUAG